AUUCAAGCGUAGACGUAUGUACUUCACGCAACAUUUGCAUAUUUUGCGUAUGCGUCAUCCAGCUAGUGAUGGACGGUGCAUACAGUUCAGUGGGAAGCAUGUCGAAUUGUUACUACAACAACACAAGAUGUCGGCCGUCUGAGUUGGAUUUAAUUAUACUUCGAAAACAAUAUCUGGCGGUUUUGUGUUUCAUUCAAAUGAAAAGAUAUAUUGGAAUGCACCUCUUGUAAUUCUUAAGAGUAGUUUUGUUCAUUAAAAAGACAUUGAAGUGUGCAGCAACCGCUGUUGUCAGUGUAUUGGCCACAGUUGGCAGUACUUCGAUUUAAACACAUUAAAACAACUUGUUAACUUGUUCAUGAAUCGAAUAUUUGGUUAAAGGAGGGGAUCAGACGAAAAUUUAUUUGAAAAAGCGUCGUCAUAUAAGGAUUUUCAAAGCAGUGACCGCCUUAAUUUUUACGUUAACAUGACCGAAAUUGAUGAUAUUCAAAACUUUAUCGCAGCUCAGAAGAGAAGGAUUGAACAGGAAAGAGCUGGGCUAGCUGAAACGAGAAUAACUUCUCGCCUUAAUGACAAUCUGACAAGUUAUGAACAAGUUGAUCAAUCUCCCAGAAAGAUCAGUAGCGUCAGAAAGCAAGAGGAGCCUCAAAAAGCCAAAGAAGGUUAUUCAUCAUUGCAAGGAGGUCUCCAAUUUGGUGCAUAUGAAAAUGUUAAAGAGAAGCUUCAAAAGGAAAGAGCUGAGGAAUACAGAAAGUUUUUGGCAGAGAAAAAAUACAGAACGACAGGUGAAAAAGCACCAAGAGGUAAUGAGACCAGGAAGAUAAAAGAAAAGCCACCUACCAAGAGCGCAAUGAAACAAGAUUUCGACUCGGCGUACGACGCUCAAACCAACGUCUACCCUCGUUAUCUGUCCAAUGGCGAUGACCUCAGAGAUACGCAACGAAGAACGUAUAAUGAUUUAGCAGAGCAACAUAAUGCACGUCAAGCUUCAGUGCGAAAUGACAGGCUUCCAAAGACUUUGGAUGAAUUGUACGACGCUUACGAGGAACUACUGGAAAGAAAACGACAAGAUGAACGAAGAUACAGGAAUGAAAUUGAUGAUCCAUACUCUGACCCGAGACAUGUGCGCUUUGAAGACGAAUCGCGGCGUACGUCACAAAAACAAACGUGGUUGCAGAAUGGUACGCGGCGACGAUGGGAUCUACCUGAAAAAGUUGAUGGUCAUGAUUUGCGACUUAGGAAUAUGGAUAACGAUAAAUUUCGAUCGAUGGACGAUCAACGUGUGAAACGUCGUGAAUCAAGAGAAGAGAAUUCAGAUAACCGUAUAUCUAGAUCUGCCCCACCGUUUGCUAUACCUCUCAUUGGAGAAAAAGACAUUACUCCAGAAGUGAAGCAGAAACGCCAAUCCAAGUAUCGUGAAGAGCUCCAGGCUCAAAUGAAAGAAAGGGAGAUACAGAAAAAACGAGAGAAAGGUCUGUUGCCACACGAAAAUGCGAGUGUUAAGCGAGAGGCAGGUCCAAAUUCUACGGUAAACGUUGGUCAAGAGUUUCGUCGUUACGACCCUUCCUUUCCAGUCCAUGAACAUGUCCAGCGUGAACAGAUGUAUAAAGACUAUCCUCGAAUUCCCAGUCCAAGAUACCAAUCACAUUAUCCGGCACCAGAGAUUCGCGCCAUUGGGCCGAAUCAAUUUGCAUACGAUCAACGUUAUCAUGCAGGGUAUAUGAAUCCGACUCAGCAUAACGGCCUUUCGAAUCCCCAUCCUAUCGACCAUGCAUUUUCUUCUCUGAAGUCUAAUUCUACGUCCUUUAUCGAGCCUUCGACUAACGCCGAACCGUUAGUCCGUGCAUAUCAACCGAGUUGGGUCCCCGAUAGCUUCUCUCAAGGUGCCAUGGGAAAUAGAAAUCCCCCGAUUUUGAAUCGGCCUAAUCCACUGAGCAACGGGUUAUCUGAUCAAGGGUUCGGGUUCGGUUCAGGUUUUGAUACAUCUCCGAUUGUGGACAGUAGGAAUCGACAACAGUUAUAUCGCGAAGAAUUGUCGAAACAAUUGAAAGAAAAGGAGGAAAGAAAGAAGAAGAACAAAGAAGAAUUGGAAAGAUAUAACUUGAAACUGGAGCGCGAAGUUGAAGUGUACAAUCCAUGGGGCAAAUCUGGUGGCGGUGCACCGAUACGGGAUCCGUCUGGCAACUUAGUGUCUGAUCUACGUCAAAUGCAUCAAUACAACAAAGAGGGCACUAUCAUCAGUCCUCGAGACUAUGGAAAAACUGAAGAUUCUUCCCUAUUAAAAAACAUUCCCAAUCGUGACGGCGAAUCUAAAUCAGCAGAAGGUGAUGCAACAGCAACAGUGGAUCGUGUGAUGGCCUCUCAAGGAAAUGAUACAGUGCGAAAGAAUCCUCAAAUUGAAUACAAAGAGUUUUUAAAACAACAGGUCGAGGAGAAGCAAAGAAAGAAGAAAGAAGAACAAGACAGAAUCCGUGAAAUCGAGGAAAAGCAGGAAAAGUUAAUCGAAGAGCAACAAAAGAAACUACGCGAAGAAUACGAGAAAGAAUUACAGGCUGCCAAAGAUAAGGAGGAAGCUGCACGCAAGAAGAACGAAGAACUAAGAAAGGCAGCUGAAGAGAAGAAGAAGGAAAUUGAAAGAAAACGAUUGGAAGAAGACAGAAAACAGGAGGAGAAGUUGCGAAAACAGCUGGACGAAAGAUUGAAAGCCGCCAAAGCAAAUUACGACAGUCAGUCCAUUAAGUCUCAGCCUCCAGCCGAGAAGAAUUCUGUCAGGGCCAAUUCUCCUCCAAUACCUACUUUACGUAAUAAAGUUGAUCAGACACAGAAACCAUCUUCGCCUCCAAUACAGACUUUACAGACGAAAACUAAAGCUGCACCAUCUCCUGUACCAGCUGUCCAAAAUAAGGCAUCGAAACAGCAAUCGUCUAUUGAUGAUCAACUUCCGCCAUCAACGAGUACGAAACGGCGACGGCAAAAAGGAAACUCUCAUUCAAAUCUGUUCGAACACUUUGAACUUGACGAUGGUCAAGAUGUUCGUUUGCGUCCUUCGAGUUCGACUGCUGACAUAGAUGUUUUGAGCCAGCUGACGUCAUUGCGACGACAGUUGAAGAAGGAGGAAUUGAAAGUUCAGCAACAGCUUUCCGAAAAUAAGGAGAAGUAUGUCCAACUUCGAGAGAACAGCGCAAAUAGAAGGACCAAGAAACCUGCAUUUGGAAACGUUUUCGACAACGUAUUUCGCAAACAAAAUGGUAGUGCACAGAUGUACCACGAUGCUCAGGUGAAUGAUGCAAUCAUAGAAUUCAAUAAGUUGAAAUAUGAAGACAGUAGCUCUCUAAGCGGAGAUUUCUUGAGUCGAUAUCCAGAGCCAGUGACCUCGUCGAGUGCACUGGAUGUUCAACAGAAAUCUUUGCUAAAUGAACAACAGCAACGUUUGGAAACUCUUCACGAUGCUACACUUUCAUCUGACAAAGAAAAUCUCGAUUUCUUGGGCAAUAUUGGGCGCCCUUCUAGUAAUACGACAUUGCUUCAGUCCGACAGUCAGUUUGUUCCCGUGGUUGAAUCAAAUUCACACCCCCCUGCAGACGAUGCUGUUAAAUUUCCUCCCAGACUAAAAAGUGCGAGGGAACGUCGACGAUGGAAGCAGUUGCAAGACUUGGCGAAAGCUCCGAAGCUCUCCGACUUCAAGUCGGUGACUCCCGAUGGAUCUUCAUUGAGUUCCGCUACAAGUUUCAACGUGGAUGAAUUGGCACAAAAAAAUGAGGAGCGACUUCGUAGGCUCGAAGCAAUGAAGCGAGCUCGAGCGGAAUCGAAAGGUGAUCCAAACGAAGUUUUGAAGAGAUUCAUUGAAGAGCACAGCAGUCGACCUCAUUCGAAGAUUUCUGAGAACAGUCUUCCUGCCGACAAGAAAUAUUUAUCGAAAAUGUAAUAAUUGUGAAACGAAAUGUGAUGAUUGAUGAUCUUAAAUAAGGUACGCUAAGCGAUUAAACUGUCUAAAUUUAUCGUAUCAAAACAUGGGGUAGUGCUAAAGAACUUUACGGAAACUAGCUAGGCUUGUUCUUUCGAAGAGAACUUGCGGUAACUUCAUUAUAUUACUGCAGUGAGAACUUUGAUGUGUUCAAAAUUUGGAACGUUUUGUACUCUCACAGUGACAAAGAUUCUGUUUUAUAUUUUUGAUUUAGUGAAAUCAAUAAUAUUCAUUUUUAGUUACUGAUAAUUAAGGACUGCAAUGUGGCUGCACAAUUCACUGUAUUGAAGUACAUAAUUUUUGAUGCAUUUGCUACUUCUAUUAAUACUUGAACAGUACUUGCA